AUGUACAACCGUGCACUCCUUUUCUCCGCCCUCUUCGCGGCUGCUCGUGCUCAGCAAGCCGGCACUCAGACUGAAGAGACUCACCCUUCCUUGAACUGGGAGAAGUGCACCGCGAGCGGCUGCACAAAGCAGAGUGGUUCGGUUGUUAUCGACGCCAACUGGCGCUGGGUCCACUCCACCGACGGCAGCGACAACUGCUACACUGGCAACUCGUGGGAUUCAUCCCUCUGCCCCGAUGACAAGACCUGCGCUCAAAACUGCGCCGUUGACGGUGCAGACUACGAGGGCACCUACGGUAUCACCUCUGACGACAGCGCCCUGACCCUGAACUUCGUCACCGAUGCCAACAUCGGCUCUCGUUUGUUCCUCAUGCAGGAUGAUGAGACUUAUGAGAUGUUCAAGCUGCUGAACAAGGAGUUCACCUUUGACGUUGACGUCUCCAAGCUCCCUUGCGGCUUGAACGGUGCUCUCUACUUCACCUCCAUGGAUGCCGAUGGUGGCAAGUCCAAGUACGACAACAACAAGGCCGGAGCCAAGUACGGUACUGGAUACUGUGACUCUCAGUGCCCCCGUGACUUGAAGUUCAUCAACGGUCAGGGUAACGUGGACGGCUGGAAGCCCUCCGACAGCGACAAGAACGCCGGUGUUGGUAACCACGGUUCUUGCUGCCCCGAGCUGGACAUCUGGGAAGCCAACAAGAUCUCCUCUGCUUUCACCCCUCACCCUUGCAGCACCACUUCCCAGACCAUGUGUGAGGGUGACAAGUGCGGUGGAACUUACUCCGAGACUCGCUACGCUGGAACCUGUGACCCCGAUGGAUGUGACUUCAACACAUUCCGCAUGGGCAACGAGUCCUUCUUCGGCCCUGACAAGACCGUCGACACCAACAGCGUCAUGACUGUUGUCACUCAGUUCAUCACCGAAGACGGUACCGACACCGGUGCCCUGUCCGAGAUCAAGCGAUUCUACGUCCAGGAUGGCAAGGUCAUCGCCAACGCCGACUCUGACGUGAGCGACGUCUCCGGAAACUCCAUCACUUCUGACUUCUGCACUGCCCAGAAGAAGGCCUUUGGCGAUGACGACGUCUUCGCCGACAAGGGUGGUCUCGCCAAGAUGGGCGACGCCAUGGCCGAGGGUAUGGUCCUCAUUCUGAGCUUGUGGGAUGACCACUACGCCAACAUGCUCUGGUUGGAUAGCUCGUACCCUACCAACGCCACCGAGACCGACGCUGGUGUCAAGCGUGGAACCUGCGGUAAAGACUCUGGUGCUCCCGCUGACAUCGAGUCGGACAACGGUUCGGCCUCUGUCACUUUCUCCAACAUCAAGUUCGGACCGAUCAACUCCACCUUCUCUGCUUCUUCGUAA